CUUGUUAGGCCCACCACAAUCUUCAGAGUCCCGACCGUUGGAAGAAAAAAAUUCAAAAAGAGAAGGCAGUAGGCCGUUGAGGCCGUGGACCCACUUCCCAAGCGAAACCCAUUUCCAAAGAGCUUAUUUUGCUACCCGAAUUCAAGUAGCGACGGUUUUUUCUCAGAUCUAAAGCCAACAAGAUGGCCUCACGUACCGCCUCCAAGGACGUAAUCACUCUUAAAGGCUCUGCCGCCAUUGUUAGCGAGUUCUUUGGGUAUGCUGCGAAUAGCAUUCUUUACAAUCGUGGGAUUUAUCCAGAAGAAAGCUUUGUCAAAGUCAAGAAGUAUGGCCUCCCUAUGCUCCUAACACAGAACGAGGAAGUCAAGUCCUACAUUGCUAGCAUCACCUCUCAGUUAUCAGAAUGGCUAGACGCUGGAAAGCUGCAGAGGAUUGUUCUUGUAAUUAUGAGCAAGGCCACGUCUGAAGUUCUUGAACGGUGGAACUUUAGCAUAGAGACAGAUGCUGAGGUCGUUGAGAAAGGGGUGAUUAGAGAGAAGAGUGACAAAGAAAUUAUGAGGGAAAUCCAAGCUAUCAUGCGCCAGAUAGCUUCUUCCAUAACUUACCUGCCUUGUUUUGAUGAACAAUGCGUGUUUGAUGUUUUGGCCUAUACGGACACCGAUGUUGCGGUUCCAUUUACUUGGAUUGAAAGUGAUGCAAAGCUGAUCAAGAACCCCCAGAUGGUGAAACUGCAUUCUUUUGAUACUAAGAUUCACAAGGUGGAUACAAUGGUUUCUUACAAGGUUGAUGAAUGGGAUGAGGAAUAAAAGAUGGAAUGUGCAUUAAUUAGUGAAAGUUUUCUCAUUCACAUUGAAGUGUCAGUAGUGUGAUGAACGGUUUAUACUGUAAGGUCACUGCAAGUUAUCACUAUAAUGUAGAAUGUUUUCAACUAAUCUGGUUUUUUAGUUUUCAGUGUAGAAAUGAUGGAAUUUUGUUUUCUUUCUCAUGUGAUUUAGUUAGCAAGAAUGAAUGUGUAAUUCCUU